AUGUUCCUUCUCAUCAUCGCCAAAUCACUUGCUCUCUUGAGUAUUAGCCUUCUAACUAUAGCUGUCAUUAUAUUCAAAUGGAAAGAGCGACAGCGUAAGCCAGCAAAAGUCAGAGGAUAUGUUCAUCCAAAGUUUAACAAAGUUCUUGAAAUUUUCAGUGAUAACUUGAUGAGAGGAUGGGAAAGAGAUGGAGCAGCUCUAUGCGUUUACCAUAAGGGAGAAUGUGUUGUUGAUGUUUGGGGAGGAUUAUCCGAUCGUGAUAGUCAACGAGAAUGGUCAAAGGAGACAAUGCAAAUCAUAUUCAGCUCAUCUAAGGCAUUGGGAGCUGUAUGUGUAGCUUUACUAGUUGAUAAAGGUCAUCUGAAAUAUUCUGAUAGAAUAUCUUCAUUCUGGCCAGAGUUUGGUAAACUAGGUAAAAAGGAGAUAACUGUAGAGAUGGUAAUGACCCAUACGGCUGGUUUAGCUAUGAUUGAUAAGGAAAUCACCUGGGAAGAUGCACGUGAUCCACAUAAAAUGGCACAAAUACUAGAAAAUCAGAGUCCACGUUGGAUACCCGGAAGUCGCAUUGGCUAUCAUGCUGUUUCAUAUGGUUGGCUUGUUGAUCAGAUAAUUCGUCGAUCAGAUCCAUUGUCUCGAGGUUCUGGUCAGUUUUGGAAAGAAGAAAUUGCUGACAAACAUGGCCUAGACAUACAUAUCGGUCUUCCAUUAGAGCUGGCAUGGAGAGUUGCACGCAUAACUCGCCCUUCUCUUUGGAAUCGUGUAGACGAAUUUAUAACCGAUCCUGGGAACGUCGAUUAUCCAUUUCUCUUCAAACAGUUUUUGACCGAUGGCUUAUCUGUUAAAGUAGCCAGUAAUCCGCCUUGGAUGCAAACCAUCUUCUCUGUUACUGUGAACAACCCGGAGAUGUAUCAAUUAGAACAACUUGCAGCUCUCGGUAUUGGCACAGCCCGAGACCUUGCUCAUUUUGGAAAGUUAUUAAUUGAAGGAAAAGUUAUAAAAAAUGAAACUCUACAGCUUAUCAGUGAAACGGUGUUCCAUGAUCGGGAUAUCGUUAGCGGUGCAAGAGCUAAAAGAGGACGAGGAACAACUAUAGUAGACUACAACUCUCGUGAUACGAAGUUCAGCUUCUCUGGUCAUGCCGGACUUGGAGGACAGAAUAUUAGAUGGGACAUGAAGAAUGAUCUGGUCGUUGGAUAUCUGAGUAAUGGCUUGAAGGGUGGACUCGGAGAUCGUGCACGUUCUUAUGUUAAAGUUAUGGAAACCCUUUUAGACUGUAUAACGCAAGAGGAGAUACACAAAACUGAUUAUGAUGGUUCAACGUCUGAGAACAACUUACGUUUUCGGGGUACUUCGGCAGAUGUUACUGUUCCAUCCACCUCACAGCAGUUGAUGUCUCAUCUCCAGAGAUCAACUUUAUAA